UCCGGCUCGAGGCGAAGGCCCGCAACCUCAGAUGAUCGCCCUCAGACUCCACCUCGUCCUUCCGACAGUCGAGAAAUUGACCCCGCCACUUUCUACGGCACAGGAUCCUCAAAGCUCGGUUCCUCCAGCACUUCUUACAUUCCGCCAGAGAGCUCCUCCUUUCGAGAGCCGGUACUUGUUGUUGAGGAGCCCAUACCCAAAGACCCUCCCAAUUGGAUGCCUUCUAACACCUGGGGCGAUCCUAAUAAUGAAUGGGAGAAUCUCAAUACCUUCGACAGCUGGGGAGAGACAGGCAUAGCUCGCAAGAUCAAAAUAGAUGGAAGGGAUGAGUCCGAAGAGCUGCAUUGGUACGAUUCCUCCCUUCGCACUUGGAAGGCGCGGCCAGGUCCGGGUGUCCUUCCACCCCUCCUUGCCGAUAUGCUCCAUGACCCAGACCAUGCACUCUACUCGGUGAGCGCUCAGCCACAUCCUCCCCUCGUCUCGCCUCCUCCAUCACACACUCCGAGCGCGGACGAAGUCCGGACCGCGAUCCCCCAUCCCAACGCGUACUUUUGCCGGGAACAUAACGGAUGGGUCCUACUGCUGUGGAAGUCAUCCACCGUCCUGCCGCCUUUGCACAGGAACCCGGAGACGCCACUCCCCGACCAGAACCGACGGAAGCGAACAGCCUCUUGCGUCGGCGAUGGCGAGCAGCCAUCUGGGCCCUCCAAUAUGACCCAUCACUGGCAUCGGUACGAGAAGGCGGUGGACGCGACCAAGUUGAACCCUCCAUACGUGUACGGCGAACUCCUUCUGGACCUCUAUAUCUGCUGCCAAUGUUCCAUGUACUGCCUGGUCUCGGAUGUGAUACCCGGUGUUAUUCCCGCACCGCUCGUCAAAGAGUUCACGCUCGACAAAAUAGGCCAUCCUGCUAUAGACAAGACUCCUAAGGCAACUGCUGUGGCUGCUUGGGAGACUGUGUUGACUAUAAUCGAUAAUCGGCUGUGGAGAGACGAGACACGGGCGCUGCCUGUAGGAAGACCUAGGUUCCAGACAAAAAUUGGUUGGAACGGCCAUGUCGAGCAAGUCUUCCAAGUGUUGGGGUUUCCCACGGACAAGCUCGCGCAAGGCGAUAGCAACACGCAAGAGCUCACUCUACAACCGCCACCCAUCGAUCCUUCUACAGCAGAAGGAAAGGCGUCGCGUACAAAGCUUCUCCGCGCCUGGGUUGAGCUAAGCGCGUGGCUUGCUAUCUACGAGAAGGCGAACAAGGAGGCGAUGAAGGACUACAACCCCAUAGUGCUUCAUGUGAGGGCGGACAGCGAGCGCGAUCUGUACCAGACAGCCAUCGGCGCGCACGUUUCUCAGCUCUCGCGCGGGCACCUGCCUGACAUCUUAGCAUCGUACACCGCAUUGGAGCCAUCUUGGAAGACACUGGGCAUGACCCCAAGCACGUAUACAUGGGAGCUUCUCGCCUUCGCGUACCUCGCGCAAUGCAGAUGCGACCCUGCGAACACGAUGACGUACUUCGCCCAUCUACUCACUAUCGUGAACACGAUGCUGAGCCUCCACGUGAACGUUCCGGGCGAGCUCCAGGGUCUAAUCGUCGAAGAGCGCGAACGGUACCGAUUUACCCCGGAAGACUAUGCGAAUGCAGCGCGCCUGCUCGGCUUCGGACGUGACAACGACCUCGGAGUCGAGCUCGAUGGUGAGGUGGAUGACGACUUCAUCGCCCAGGCGUGGCGGAGUGCGCGGCAGCGGGCGUGGCAAGACUUCUCGGACGUGGCGCGGAAACGGGCGCAAUUGAACGAUGCCCUGAAAAUCGUCGCGGAGCAGCGGGGUAGCGAAGCCUUGCUCAAGGUGUGGAGCGAAGAGAAAGGGAGCGGAAUGUCCCCGGAGACGGCGUAUCAAACGCUUUACGUGCCGAAGGAUGUCGAUGAGACGAUGCUCUUGACGGUGUUCUCGAUGCGUGUUGAGGAUCAGCCGAGUCAGUCGGAAAGAAUGCGCGAGGCUUUGAGCGUGAUCGCGGAGGUCACGAACAGCGAAAGACUACGCCAAUUCCUCGCCACUGGUAAUGAUCCUGGCGACUCCACCGUCAUUAACAUCAGCCCCGAAAUGCCAAGAGGCCUCAACCAACUGGGGAAUACAUGCUACCUCAACUCCCUGCUCCAGUACUUCUAUACCAUCAAAGACCUGCGGGCUGCGAUCGCGUCACUGGCCACAGCGGACGCGAAGUCCUUCGAUGAGAAAAAGUUUACAGAUGACGAUUUGAAGCGCCAUCGUGUUGGCGGACGUCUUGUCACACGGCGCGAGAUCAUGCGUUCUAAGAAGUUCGUAAACCUUCUUGCCGACCUCUUCUGGAACCUGGAAUUCUGCGAGACCACCGCAGUGACACCCGCGAUAGAGCUCGCUAAGCUCGCACUGGUGACGUCGCAGGACGAGGAAGAGGACGAGACUUCGGACAAGGCAGGAACUGACUCCUCAAACGAUACUGACGCGACCCUCGUUGACGAUAUGGCGCCGCGAUCGUCAUUCGAUCGCUCCUCUCCGCCUGCAACGCAGCUGCAGAGCCCGAAGAGCCCUACCGGGAGUGUGCUCGGAAAACGUUCCCGCGACCGUGAUGGAGAGUCGGCAAUGGACGUUGAUACGCCCGCGCACACUCCCCCUGGGCCAAGUGCUUUGAGCCCUCCAACUAUGAAGGCGAGCGGGUCGGGUGAAGAGGCUGCCAGCUUCAUUGAGAAUGCCAUAGGGUCUUCUUCGAAGCGACCUGCGACAAGUGACCCGGAUGUAGAGAUGCAGGAGGAUUCUUCGUUGCAGGCCCCAGGGAAUGGGAAGGUGCCGCCGCCGUUGCCACCGAGGAAGGCGAGACAGACGGACGAUUCAGUGAUGAUGUUCGGACGACAGCAUGACGUGUCAGAGUGCAUGGAUAACUGCAUGUUCCAGAUCGAGACGGCGCUACUCGACUUUCAGGGCAUGGCCACUUCCGACGACGACAAGACGAGUCCAGUAAAGAGGUUGUUCUAUGGCAAGAAGCGGCAACGGCUGCUUUCUCUGUCUCUUAACGAAGACCCACUACACCAAUCGUCAAUACACGAGAAGGAGGACUUGUUCUCCCAUCUUCACGUGAACGUCGCAGAUGAGGGAUUCGACCUGUACGACGGGCUUGCCCGCUACUUUGACGACGUCGUAGAGGUCGGAGGGCAGAAGAAGCGUAUGGAAGUCUCCAUCGUCGAUCCACCACCCCUACUUCAGGUGCAGCUGCAGCGGGUGCAAUUCAAUCGCGAGACGCAGCAGGCAUACAAGUCGCAAGCGUAUGUCAAGUUUGGAGAGACGAUCUAUCUGGACCGUUUCCUCGACAGUGCAAAUCCGGAGAAGAAAGCGCGCUCAAAAACCAUCUAUACGGAGUUGACUGCUGCUCGAGAUCGCGUACAGAGGCUUACGCAGGGCAAGCAUGCGCCGUUCGCAUCCGCCUUCGCCAACACCGUCGACUAUUUGUCCAAGCAGACAGCCAUCAACCUUCCUCCGGACGACGAGCUCCUAGUAUCGCUGUCAAGCGAGGAGUCGCUCAUUGAGGAGCAGCUGCGCACCGAUCGCGAGAAGAUGGCGACGCUGAAGCAGCAGAUCGAGGACACUUGGAAGGACGAGACGUCGGCGGCGUACGAGCUCACAUCGGUGUUCAUCCAUCGCGGGUCAUCGCCGUCGUGGGGCCACUACUUCUUUUACUCGAGAAAUCUGCCUGACCGCCCCGAUGAGUGGUUCAAGUACAAUGAUUCGGACGUUAGCGCGGUGUCGAAGGACGAGGUUCUCGCUGAUACGACGGGGUCGACGGCAAAUCCGUACAUGCUUGUCUUUGUGCGGAAGGGUGUAGAUGUCAUCGACACCGUUCACCGAUUCAACCCUGACACCCUGCAAGAAGAGGAGUGAAGGGGAACACCUUGCGCCGCGUCCUCACGCUCCAGUAUCUCCGUACUCUUCAGCACUCUAGUCACUUACUCGUCUCGAGCCGAACGCUCCCGCUUACUUUUGACUUGCACAUCCGCCCUAUUUGUAGCUCUGCAUACAUCACGAUCAGCAGUAGUGUAGCAUCAUCACGCAUGUUUGGUUCCAUAUAUACUAUUAUGAUCGAAUUUGGCGAACCAAAGCUGUAUCUAUUCGUUCCUCUGAUAUUCCUUGUUUCAACUUCAUAUCC